AUGCAUCUCAACGCUGCUCUCGCGAUCCUCGCGGCCUCCAGGGUUGCCCUGGCUGCGCCUGCUACUGAGGAGACUCAAGUUGACCCUGCGCUUCGUCUGAUCAAGACGUCCGAGGCCGACGCCGGCACUUGGGUCACGGAGGACCAGAAGAUUGAGGAGUAUGUCAACAAGCACAUUGGCUUCAUUGACAUCACCGACAUUGUCGACAAUGAGGUCUUGGCGGUCCUGUCCACCCCGCCGGAGGAGGUCCUCGAGGCCAGAGUGACAUACCCCACCACUCUGUCCCACGUCACCGAGGCGAACACCCUCAUCGCGUCGGUCUCUAACACCAACCCCCAGACCUGGUUGAAGACUUUGACCGACUUCUACAACCGCUACUACCGCUCCACCUACGGUACCCAGGCCGCCACCUGGUUGUUCAACCAGGUCAAGACUGUUGCGGCUGCCAACUCGGCCAUUACCGUCACCCAAUUCACCCACUCCUUCAGCCAGCCGUCCAUCAUCGUCAAGAUUCCCGGAACCAGCUCCGACCUGGUCAUUGUUGGUGCCCACUUCGACUCCACCGGAGGAUCUUCCACUGCCCGUGGACCCGGUGCUGACGACAACGGCUCAGGCGUCGUUGUCAUCCUUGAGGCUCUCCGCGUUCUCGCCAACGCCGGCUUCAAGCCCAAGAACACCCUCGAGUUCCACUUCUACGCCGGUGAGGAGGGCGGCCUUCUCGGUUCCCAGGCUGUCUUCGCCAACUACAAGUCCGCCGGAAAAACCGUCCUUGCCUUCGUCAACCAGGAUAUGGCCGGUUACUCUCCCUCCGGCAAGCUCUCGGUCUACAACGACUAUGUCGAUUCCGCUCUUACCACCUACGUCCGUCUCAUUGGAACUCAGUACACCGGCAGCGCGCCCACCAGCGACGUCUGCGGAUACGGGUGCUCCGACCACGCCAGCGCUCGCUCCAACGGCUUCCCUGCUGCCUACGUCUGCGAUGAGCCCAUCGACACCUCCACCCCCUACAUCCACAGCCCCAACGACAGCUACGACACUAUCCAGUGGUCUGCCGUCCUCCGCCACUCCAAGUUCACUGUUGGUUUCUUGGUUGAAGCUUCUUACUUGUAA